AUGGUGAACACGUACGCGUCAUCGGUUGUGAUAGUGUCAAUAUUGCUGAUGACUGUGAGCAAAGUGACGAAAGCCAUCCAAGAUCCCCCCACACCAGUGUUGAACUUGGUUCUCACGCACAUAUCGCCGACUGGGAUUCAAGUUGAGUGGAAUAUACAGAACUACGAACAUCUACCUAGCGUAUAUAUUGUGUCUAUAGUGCCAGACGAUCAUGGUAGAUACCCUAAAAAUAUGACAUCAGAGAGCAGGAAUGUGGAAUACUUGUUCGAAGAUUUGGUACCAUCUACGUAUUACACCAUUACGAUUGAUGCCUUGGACGAGGAUGGGAAUAUUGUUAUAACAAAUUCCGUGACAAGAAAAACAGCGCUGAAUGCAUGUGACGAGAAUCCUUGUCACAACAAUGGUAAAUGUAUAGUGGCGUCUACGUGCUCUGAUUACGUCUGUGAAUGCGAAGGCUGCUACGGUGGUGCGACCUGUCAAAUCGAUAUGGACCCAUGUGACCCUGACCCUUGUAGCAAUACAGGGUGGUCUGAACACCAAUGUGUACGUCUGGAUAACUCGUGCACGGAGUACACAUGUCUUUGCCGUGAUCCUAUACGAGGAUGCUACACAGGGCCGCAGUGUAACCGACGACAUGAUCCGUGUCUUCCCAAUCCAUGUGGUAGAGGUGUUUGCGUGCCAGACGCCCUCUCGUGUAAUUAUACAUGUACAUGUCUUGGGUGUUAUACUGGCGAUGACUGCGACAUACAUUUUAACGACCCAUGUUCGCAGUUCUCGCCUUGCCGAAAUGGUGGAACGUGUAUUGCCAGUAGCGAUACAUGUAUGGACUACUCCUGUCAUUGCCCGGAUUGCUUUGAGGGCGAAUUCUGUCAAUUCGAGUUGGACCCAUGUCAGCUUAAACCAUGUCAGAACCGAGGAACGUGUAUUCCUGUGACAAACUCGUGCACAGAACGCACGUGUAGUUGCAAGGACUGUUACAUAGGAGAAAGCUGCACCAUUCGUGUGGGUGGUUGUACUGACAAUCCCUGCCUGCAUGACGGAAUAUGUACGGAGUCUGGUGACAACUGUAGCGACUACACGUGUCAGUGUCCCUGGACGUGGCUCGGAACAAAUUGCUCCUGGCAUAUUGCUCUGGUUAUAGUACUAUCUCAAGUUUGUGUGAUACUGAUUAUGUGGGUCAUUAUCAUGACUAUCCUUUUAUUUAGACAUCGGCGAUACGAUAAGCAGAUAAAGAAGUCUAAACAGAGACGGCUACCGUCGCCCGACGUUGUCCGUAGUGAUAUGGGAAUCUCUAUUGUUGAAGUGGUCAAUGGCAGCACCACCAUAAGAAAUGGAGAGAGGGAUGUACGAUCAGAAGAAGACGUUGGCGAUGAACGAUCUGCUGUGGUUGAUGAUGGGGACGAUGGCUGCGUGUCUGAUAGUACGGAGUUCACUCAUGUAUCCGUCGCGAGCCAUGAUAAAAAACACGGAAGUCUAUCCGCUGUAACUCAUGAAUUUUGUAGAGCUACAACGUGGCAUGGUUUAGCGAGAGUCAGUCGCUCAACGAAUCCACUGAAUCGGCUCUUAUGGACAGUCGUGGUUCUCGUGGCGUGUGGUUUCUUCAUAUCACAGGGAACGACUAUGGUUCUACGCUAUAUGAGUUCCCCUGUAGCUGUCCGCAUGGGAGAACAUUCUAGAUCUGAACUCACCUUUCCAGCAGUCACUAUAUGCAAUACAAAUACCGUAAGAGCAUCGGCUCUAGCUGCGAGUAAAUACUUCCCCUUUGUCGCCAUAAUGACGAAUGCCAAAUACAAUCCGUACUAUGUUCCUUGUUUGACGGGAGAUUUUGUAUGUAACAACGGCAUACAUUGUAUCAAACCUUUUCUGGUUUGUGAUGGUUCAUGGCAUUGUCCUGAUACAAGCGAUGAAUUCGGAUGCGAUUAUGGUCAUUACCAAUGUAGUAGUGAACAAUUCAGAUGCGCAUCGGGUAGCGGCAGUGGAAUCUGCAUCGAUGGCAAACGUCAAUGUGACGUAGUGGAAGACUGUUACGCUGGAGAGGACGAGCAAAACUGCGAUUACGAGUAUGAACAUAGCGCUGUCUGUACUGGUUUUUACUGUGACGAUGGCAUAUGUCACCCGUUAUCUAACAAGUGCAAUUAUAUAACUGAAUGUAUGGAUGGCAGUGAUGAAGAGGAUUGUAAAUAUCGCCACUGCCAAGAUUGGGAGUUCCAUUGUGGGAAUCAAAGAUGUAUAACUUCGGACAAAUUAUGUGACUGGAAAGACGAUUGCGGCGACCAAAGUGACGAACAGGACUGCGAAUAUCGAGAUUGCAACGAGGACGAGUUCAAAUGUUUUAAUGGGCAAUGCAUAUAUGCAUGGCAGCGCUGUAAUAGCUAUAUUGAUUGCAUCGAUUUAAGUGACGAGGAUCAAUGUCCAGGAUUGGAAUUAUACUGUUUAGACCGGAACGAAGAAUGCAGGUACUGGGCCAGCAACGGAGAAUGUCAACAGAAUGAAGUUUUUAUGAAAAUUUCGUGUCCACUAAGUUGCGGCUGGUGUGUUGGAGAGCAAGCAACGGUUGAUGAAACAGGACAGUGUCCCAAAGGAUACUUCACGUGUAACAGUGGUUUUUGUAUUGAUGAGAUCCAUGCAUGUAAUGCUGUACCGGACUGUCAUGAUGCUGAAGACGAAUUUUGGCCAAACUGUGUGUAUCAAUCUAGCCGCCCAGAAGCUCUAGAUGUAUUCCAUGGUAACUGGAGUGACAUUUUCAGAGAAAUCAGUACAGACGCCGAUGUUUUUGACGAGUUCGAGUACACGGUUUACAAAGAUCCAAUGUUUGAUCGCGUCAGGAGGGAGGAACCGCCGGAUUGGAACGGAUUUGUCACGUUCAGCUCCACGCCGGAUUUCAGUGAUCUUAGGUCUAUCUUGAAACUGAAAAGAAACGAAUUGAAGGAAUACGGACAUAAGCCAGAGGAUUUCAUAUUACAAUGUUCGUAUGCCGGGGUUAAAUGCUCUUACAGUGAUUUUCAAUGGCUGCCUAACAGGGAGUUUGGGAAUUGCUAUACAUUCAAUGUGGCGUCCAAUGGUUCGGAACCCAGGAGUGCAUUUAACGCUGGCGCCGAAUUCGGUCUGAAACUGACUUUAUUUAUGGAACAGGAUGAAUAUCUUGGCAUAUAUGGACAGUCAGCAGGUGUCAGAGUCACUGUACACGGCAAUAAUGAAAUGCCGUGGCCAGAGGAUAGAGGUCUGACAGCCAAGACUGGUGCUGCAACAUCUUUCGCCGUGCAGCAGAAAGUAUUCAGUAGAAUGCCUCACCCGUACGGAAACUGUGUGUCAAAUGAUACAUAUCUAUUCAACGGGAAAAUAUACUCCAGUCUGUCAUGUAGAAAGAUGUGCGUACAGGAAGCAAUGAUGAACUACUGUGGUUGUACAGACACCUAUUAUAAAGACCAGGUCAGAUGCAAUAUACUAGACACUAUGCAAGAGGCAUGUCGACAGAUAAUCCAUUAUUUUUAUCGGAAAGGUUUAUUGGAAUGCGAAUGUCCACCGCAAUGCUUUGAGGAAUCGUAUGACAACACGGUAUCAAUGUCAACUUGGCCGUCAGAGAGCUCACUAGGACAAUUGCUGAAAAGUCUGCACGCUAUUAACCCAAAAGCAAAGAAAAUUACAGACAUGAACUCUGCUCAGAAGAAUCUGGCAGCGAUCUCAGUGUAUUUUGAAAGUUUGAGUGUUGACAUGGUGAAGGAAUCAGAAGCGUACACGAAAGAUGACUUGAUGAGUGACGUUGGCGGAUUACUUGGACUUUACAUCGGGGUAUCGGUCAUCACAAUCGUAGAAUUCAUUGUGUAUUUGAAAAGCCUUCUAAGAUUGAUGUUUACCGGGUCUCCGGGCGACAACACGGUCACUGAUGGCACCGAUAGAGAAGCGGUUGGUGAUGAUGACGACAUAGCGACAUCAGCGCUCUGA